CCUGAGGAGGCGUUGUCGCUGCGGGCUUCGCCCAAGGAGAGCCUCCGGGGCUGGAUGUGACCUUCUGCCUGGAAUUUCUCAAGUUCUUAAAAGUUUCGGUGUAUACUUGAGGUGGCAGUUUAUAUCAAGUAAGCACUGGAACUUGUGGUCACACCCUUCAAGAAUAAAAAAGUUAGAAAAUGGAACAACCACAAAUGUUACGUGAGGAAGAAAGAGAGCCAGAACCACAGAAGAAUGUAAAAGAAGCCAAACAAGUAGAUGAUGAAGAUGCUGAACUGAUCUUUGUUGGAGUGGAACAUGUAAAUGAAGAUGCUGAGCUUAUUUUUGUUGGGGUGACCUCAAAUUCAAAACCAGUUGUUUCAAACAUUUUGAACAGAGUCACCCCAGGUUCAUGUUCAAGGAGAAAUAAGUAUCGUCACCGUAGAAAAGAUAAUGCUCCCAAAUCGCAGCCUGCAAGUCAUACAUCAGAAGCAGUGACCGUCUUGCCAGCUUCUCAAUCUGAAUUGAGGUCAAGAGAUAGUCCUAUUAUUAUUGAGCCUUUGUCUAAACCUGAUUAUAAAAGCAAUUCACCACAAGUCGUGCCUAACAGCUCUUCUGAGUUAUGUUCUCCUUUGGUUACAUUCAAAAGUUCAUUGCAUCAUCCAGUAAGAGCAGCACUUUCAGUAGGAGGUAUGAAUGAAAGUCCUUGUUUAUCAAAGCAACUUUCCACUUCUGAAGUGAAUAGCAUAAAUUCCAAAAAGCCUAAACUCAGUGAUGGAAUCAUAGGGGGAUAUUCUCCAGCUUUGUCCCCCUCAGAUACCUUUCAUAUAGUGAAUACUCAGCAAAAUACACCCUCAAGUGAUGUUCAUACCUCAUUAAGCCAUGUUCAGAAUGGAGCCUCUUUUCCAACAGCUUUUCCAAAGGACAGUGUCCAUUUUAAGCCUGUAAAUCUUAAUAGGGAAAAUGGAGUGGCAAAAACAGAUUUUUUGAGUGUAGCAAGUCAGAGCAAGACCUUUGCUCCCAAGAAAGGAAAUCUUAUUGUGUCACUUAGUGACUUCUACUAUGGACAGCAUAAAGGAGAUGGGCACCCAGAACAGAAGACUCACACAACCUUUAAAUGCCUCAGCUGCUUGAAAGUUCUAAAAAAUGUUAAGUUUAUGAAUCAUAUGAAGCACCACUUGGAACUUGAGAAGCAGAAGAAUGACAGCUGGGAAAACCACACCACUUGCCAGCACUGCCACCGACAGUUUCCAAAUCCUUUCCAGCUGCAAUGUCACAUUGAAAGUGUACACACUACCCAGGAGCCCUCUGCAGUCUGUAAAAUCUGUGAAUUGUCAUUUGAAACAGAUCAGGUUCUCUUACAACACAUGAAGGACAAUCAUAAACCUGGGGAAAUGCCCUAUGUGUGCCAGGCUUGCAGUUACAGAUCGUCAGCCUUUUCUGAUGUGGAAACACAUUUUAGAACGUGCCAUGAAAACACUAAGAAUUUGCUUUGUCCAUUUUGUCUCAAAAUUUUCAAAACUGCAACACCGUACAUGAGUCAUUAUAGGAGGCACUGGGAAAAGAGUGUUCACCAGUGUUCUAAAUGCCGGCUACAGUUUUUAACUUUCAAGGAGAAAAUGGAGCACAAGACCCUGUGUCAUCAAAUGUUUAAGAAGCCUACACAACUAGAAGGAUUGCCUCCUGAAACAAAAGUUGUUAUUCAAGUAUCAGUGGGACCUCUUCAACCAGGAUCAGUGGAAGUAGCAUCCAUUACUGUGAGCACAUCUGACUCGGAACCAUCACCCCCCAGGACUAAAAGUGGGACUUUAGAAAACCCUCAUUAAUUUUAGUUUCAGUAAAUCUGAAGCAAGUCAAAACCAAUCAAUUUAAAUCAAAAUCCCCAUAAGUAUAAAAAAUACAUACCAUACAUUAUUUAAUAGUACCAAAAAUAGCAAAAUGAAUGAAUUAUAAGUUUUUAAAACCUCAUAAUAUGCAAUAUUGUUUGAUCUGAACUUUGAGGUGUUAUUUUAAAUUACCUGGUUUUCAUGUUAACUAUCUAACUUAACACAUGAAAGGUGUUUGUAUGAGAGAGAGAGAGAGAGAGAGAGAGAGAGAGAGAGAGAGAGAGAGAGAGGGAGAGAAAGAAAGGAAACCUAUUUAUUUUUUUUGGUGUUUUAUGUUACUCUUAAGUGUGAAAGCUCUUUUCUAUAUAGAAUUUGUAGUUUUUGAAGUACUUAAUUUUAUUUUCAAUUUUUUCCAUGUUUUAAAGAUUUUGCUAUUAACUCUAGUCAGACUGGAAUGGCUUUGUUAUGGCCUGGCCCAUUUGCUGCUGAAGUCCCAGAAGUGCCUCUGUUGUGCUGGUAUAAAAUAACCUGGUUUUGAAAGCCUGGGUGUGUAGUUGAGGGAGAAGCUAUACCAGGAAUUGAUAUCAGGAAGAUGGAGGUGAGUCAAGGGAGAGCAGCGGCUCCUUGUCCCAGUUGAGGGAUAGGCACACAUUUAUUCACUGCGGUCUUGGAGCCAAAGCAGAAGGAACACUGUCUUGGAGUGCCUUUACCUAAUCCAUGAACAUUCAAGGAAGCAAAACCAUUAAAAGUAAAAUGCCUGAGUUUGGUGAGGGACCCCUGCAGACAUCAAACAGCUGCUGUGUAUCAUUGGCUUCAGAUGAUUGGGGCCUGGUGCUAGGAGACUUCUGUUGAGUGAUUUGAAGGGAAAUUAGAUUCGCUCCCCUCUCCCUUCUGACAAGCUGCUAGUGGAGAAUGAACUUGCUGUAUUCCUCUCAGUCACAGCAGUAAAGCAAGUUAAAUGUCUCAAGGGAAAGGAACCCUGACAUCCAUAAUUUGAACUGUACUGGACCCAUAGUUUUAACUGAAAAGGGCCAAACAAAUGGUAUCUGUUCAGUUCAUGGACUGAACUAAAUUUAGUUCUCCCACUAUUAAGCUGGAAUGAGGGCUUGUCUGAGAACAUUAGGUACAGUGGACAAAAAUAGCCCAGGGUGACUGACUAGUAUUAAACCCAUACGGGGCUUUUUCUUAUAUUUUUCUGUGCACAUGUGUCUUACCCUAAUUGAAAAUGUGAAGCUUUCAGUUUUCUGUCUUGCCUUGGGCAUGAGUGUAUUAUGGUUAACAGUUACUCUUUUCUUGUAUGUAUCAUUUCCUAAUUUAUCACACCAAUACUGUUCGGGUCUUACUUGACACAUUAGUGUGCCAGAAAUGUCCCAUUUAUUUUAAUAAGUGUUAAGUCUUAGAGUUAAUAUCCUUUAUCUAAUCUAUCCUAUUUUCUAACCUGUAGUAUGGGGGUAUCUUUUUUCCUUGCCCUCCCCAGGGAUAAUUUCACAGAACUGUGGAAUACCCUUUUAAGUAUUGGUUCCUGAACAUCAGCAGCUUUGACUGCUUCUGUGGGUUCCCAGGGUUGUCUUCCUGGGCAUGUUAUAGUGCCAUCUCUUGUUUCUCCACCCUGACCCAGGUGCCCAGCAGCCUCUGUUCACCAGUCAAGGAGUCUGACAUCCUGGCUAUAGAUGACAUAGGUCUGGAGAAAUCUCUACUUUUUUCCUUGCUUUUUUCGUAAAGGUACUUAUCUUUCCCCACUUCUUUCUCCCUUCCUCAAUCUAGUUAAAUUUCCUAAGCUUUCACAAAAAGCUGAAAAGAGAUUAUCAUCAAAGGCUUGGGGAGGAUGGGGCUGGCUGGUUAGCUCAGUUACAGCAUGGUGCUGAUAACAUCAAGGUCCAGGGUUUGAUAUUCCUGUACUGGCCAGCCAUCCAAAAAAAAAGGGGGGGGGACUGCAGAUAACACAGAAGUUGUGAGUAUAUUGUGCACAUUUUAGAUAAUUUCCUGACUGUAGAUUCAUUGAUUCUGUUGUAUUUAUUUGCUUGAUGCUUGAUUGAUUUGCACCUUGAACAUUUUACUAGGCCUUUUCAAUUAGUUUUCUUGGGCCAAGGUACUUUACUAAAAUUUCAGUCUGAACUUUUUCUUUAGGCAUAGAAAGAGUGUGUGUGUGUGUGUGUGUGUGUGUUUGUAUCCCACUUGUUCUGAUCUCAGGUGGAAAAUCCUGCUGUGUACAGAUCUGUAGUCUUUUGCAUACUUACCUCCUUUAUUCUGUUUUUAUGGUAAAAAUAUGAAAUGUUUUAGUUCUAUGUUUUUGUGAUUGCUUAAUAUUAUCAACACUGUUAAUGUUUGCCAUUUCACUAAAGCAUGCUCCUAAGAAAUACAGAUUGUCAUUUAUUGCCAACCACAGGUUCCAGUAAUCUGGCCUCUGCCUACCUUCUCUCUUCCAUUCUCUACCAUGUUCCCCACUGAUGCACUAUUUUUGACACACUGGCCUUGCUUUUCCUUAAGCAAAUCACAUUUUUUCCUAAUCCAAAGACUUUGCACAUGCUAUUCGCUUUCUUAGAAUGCUCUUACCCUAGGCUUUCAUAGCUUGCUACCUCACUAAUUUACACUUUCCUUUGGUUCAUUGAAUUUCAUCAAGGUUCUUAGAAUGACACUGAACUCUCCCUUUCCCCCCACCUUUUUUUUUUUUUAAAAAAACUUACUUUCUUCUCCUCUUGAAAGGCACUUUACUUCUCCCUACCCCUUUCUUCCCUCUCCAAUCUAGUAAAAUUUCCUAGGUUUUCAUUAAAAAACUGGGAAGAGAUCAUCAUCAAGGGCUUUGCUUCUCUUUUAGCAUUGAGCUAGCUUGAGUCAAUUUAUGUGCCUGUAACCAAAAGAAAAUUAGUAUAGUGAGUAGAGUUCUUUCAGGAGCUUUCUCUGCUUUUUCUAUCGAUACUUCUAUUUUUUUUAUGGCAAUGUCACUUUGUUUUGUUUACAAAUAUAUUGAAUAUCUGUCAAGAUUACUAUUUUGUUAUUGCCCUUUGUGAAUUUCCUUGUCUAUUUUGC